UUUAUCAUAUAAAUAUUAGAACAACGAAGAAGGAAUCACUACCACCAAGUUUCCGAAGUUGAGUAGCUGUAGAUUUGCGCCAAUCUGAAGAUGUUCAAGUUUUUCGUGAUAGUUGCUUCUGUCGCUGCCAUAUCUUCUGCGGGUAAGGUAGGAUUCGAGCAAGAAAACGUAGUUCUUGAUCCACAUCCUUCAGCAAGCUUCAGCUACAGCAGUUCCUUCGGAAAAGGAGAUUUUGGUGGAUAUGAUAUUGGUAAAGGUAGCAAUGGAGCAGUUCUUUCCAGUUUGGCACACAGUUCAGCAGUACAGGCAAAAAAUGCCGUUCAAAAUCAGCACACUGCUGGAAGUCAAGCUGCUCAUGAAGUCAAAAACAAUUUAGCAAGCGUUGCAAUUGGUGCAGCUCAAGCCGCUCAAGCAGCUUUAGUGGGAAAACAAGCCCUUGUAGGAAACCUGAAAGCCCAACUUGCAGAAGCUCAGAGCCAACUCCAGGUCGAAAUUGCUCAAUACCAACAAACUGAAGCAGCAGUACGUGCUGCGGAAGAAGCCGCUGCUCAGGCGCAAAACCAAGUCAAUACUCUUUCAGCUGCCCUCGCUGCUGCUCAAGGAGGAAGUCAACAUGCAUCCCAGGCUGCAGCUGAGGCUGCCAAUGCUGCUGCAUCUCAGCACGCUAUGAUUGCAGAAGCCAAGCAACGUUUGAAUCAAGUUCUUUCCCAACUACAGUCCGCUUUGAGAGAAUUGCAAGAUACCGAAGCAUCGGCUCAAAAAGCAGCCGCAGCCGCUCACUCCGCACAGUCGAAUGCCGCAGCUGCUGGAGCUGCAGUAGCAGCUAGUGCAUCGAAAGGUGGUUUCAGCGGUUAUGGUCAUGGGUGGUAGAACCAUUAUUUAAUUGCAUUAAGAACCCAGUGAUACUUUUCAGAAUAAUACAUUUUUUUACAUCUCA